UGGCGAUUUGCUGGCACCAACUGCCAUUGUCAGGGCUGUCACUUGGUUCGAACACAUCGCGGUGUCAGCAUCGAUAUUUCUGUCAACUCCACCGCCUUCACCUGUAAAUAUUUAGUUGAUUAAUGUGUUUAUAUAUCCACGCCAAAAACGUAUUAACUUGUUGCCGCCCGUAUAAUCGGGAUUAUUACUAAGCCGAAAAGCAAAAAGCUGAAGACAAAUAAACACUUAGCUGUGACACAAACCUCCCGUCGCUGAGCACCUGAUACUCGUUAUCGUUUAUCGAUUAACCUAGCCGAAUCACGCCUCCUGAUAACGAUUAAACAAAAAGUCGAAAUGUAGUAAAACUCGCGGAAAGUAAAUAAAUUGUUAUAACCACAGUGAGAUAAAGAGCGGCCAGCUUAGUGGCGAAACAAUUGCAAUUGCUGGGCAGCCAACGACGGUGCCGGCUGGUCUGGGAUUUAUCGGAUGAUUGGCAGCUCCUUUGGAAAAUCCUCAAGUUCAGCUGCUUCUGCACACACUGACCUUCAUUAUACAUACAUACCGUACAUACGAGCACUUUGUGUGUGUCCGUGUGUGUGUGUGUGUGAGUGAGUGUGUGCGUGCGCCAGCAAGUGUGUGGGUGCACUGAAAAAAGGUUGGAAAGGAUACAAGCGAGAAAUCUGUGAGAAGCCGGAAUAUUGCAACCCGCAGCAUCGGAGGAGGAGCACGCAAAAAAACAGAAAGGUGAUUAAAAGUCAAGGACGACAUGAUGCCCUCCGCCCACAGAAGUGGAUGUGGAUGUGGGUGGCUCACCCAUUAAAACUCCACUAAAACGCAAGCGCAGGAGUUUUUCCUUCAAGAAGUCAAGGCUUCUUCGUUUUCGGGGUCAUGGUCACAGUCACAGCAUCAUAUCAUAUACCAUAGUAUAUAGGAUAAAGCAACACCAUGUCCAGCGAGUCCUCCACCGAAGGCGACAGCGAUCUAUACGAUCCUUUGGCCGAGGAGCUGCACAACGUCCAGUUGGUCAAGCAUGUGACCCGCGAGAAUAUCGACGCCCUGAAUGCCAAGUUUGCCAACCUGCAGGAGCCACCAGCCAUGUACUUAAUAGAAUAUCAGGAGUUGACCUCCAAGCUCCACGAACUGGAGGCCAAGGAGCAGGAGCUAAUGGAGCGACUGAAUUCGCAGGACCAGCAGGAGCAGCAGGAGGACUCCUCCUUGGUCGAGCGGUUUAAGGAGCAACCCCACUAUCAAAAUCAAACGCAAAUCCUGCAGCAACAACGGCAAUUGGCGCGAGUCCAUCACGGCAACGAUCUAACCGAUAGCUUGGGCUCCCAGCCGGGUAGCCAAUGUGGAACUUUGACCCGUCAGCCGAAGAUCCUUUUGCGAGCCCACCUGCCCAAUCAACAGCGCACCUCAGUGGAGGUAAUUUCAGGAGUUCGAUUAUGUGAUGCCCUCAUGAAGGCCCUAAAACUCCGACAACUAACGCCGGAUAUGUGCGAAGUAAGCACAACUCAUUCCGGUAGACAUAUCAUACCCUGGCACACGGACAUCGGCACUCUGCAUGUGGAGGAGAUCUUUGUCAGGCUGCUGGACAAGUUCCCCAUUAGGACGCACAUCAAGCACCAGAUCAUACGGAAGACCUUCUUCUCGUUGGUGUUCUGUGAGGGCUGUCGCCGGCUUCUGUUCACUGGGUUCUACUGCAGCCAGUGUAACUUCCGAUUCCAUCAGAGAUGUGCCAACAGAGUGCCCAUGCUGUGCCAGCCCUUUCCCAUGGAUAGCUAUUAUCAGCUACUGCUGGCCGAGAAUCCGGAUAAUGGCGUUGGUUUCCCCGGCAGAGGCACUGCUGUCCGGUUCAAUAUGAGCAGCCGCAGUCGCAGUCGGCGGUGCAGCAGCAGCGGCAGCAGCAGCAGCUCAAAGCCCCCGUCUUCAUCCUCUGGAAAUCAUCGACAGGGUCGUCCGCCAAGGAUCAGCCAGGAUGAUCGAUCCAAUUCUGCGCCAAAUGUGUGCAUUAACAACAUUCGAUCGGUCACCAGCGAAGUGCAGCGCAGUUUGAUAAUGCAGGCCAGGCCUCCAUUGCCACAUCCGUGCACAGAUCACUCCAACUCCACGCAAGCGUCGCCCACGAGCACUCUGAAACAUAAUCGUCCCAGGGCCAGAUCCGCCGAUGAGAGCAACAAGAAUCUGCUUUUAAGGGACGCCAAAAGCUCUGAGGAAAACUGGAAUAUUCUGGCGGAGGAGAUUCUAAUUGGGCCACGCAUCGGAUCGGGAUCGUUUGGAACCGUUUAUCGCGCUCAUUGGCACGGUCCCGUGGCCGUAAAGACACUCAACGUGAAGACACCGAGUCCCGCCCAGUUGCAGGCUUUCAAGAACGAGGUGGCCAUGCUGAAGAAGACGCGCCACUGCAAUAUCCUCCUCUUUAUGGGGUGUGUGUCCAAACCUUCUCUGGCGAUUGUGACCCAGUGGUGCGAGGGAAGCAGUCUCUACAAGCACGUCCAUGUCAGCGAAACCAAGUUCAAGUUGAACACGCUCAUCGAUAUCGGACGCCAGGUGGCCCAGGGCAUGGAUUACCUGCAUGCCAAGAACAUCAUUCACAGAGACCUUAAGUCAAACAACAUCUUCUUGCACGAAGAUCUCUCCGUGAAGAUAGGCGACUUCGGAUUGGCCACCGCGAAAACUCGAUGGUCGGGCGAAAAGCAGGCCAAUCAGCCCACGGGCAGUAUUUUAUGGAUGGCUCCGGAGGUGAUUCGUAUGCAGGAGCUGAAUCCCUACUCCUUCCAAUCGGAUGUUUAUGCCUUUGGUAUCGUGAUGUACGAACUUUUGGCGGAGUGUUUGCCCUACGGUCAUAUUAGCAACAAGGAUCAGAUCCUUUUUAUGGUGGGACGAGGACUGCUGCGCCCUGAUAUGAGUCAAGUGCGCUCGGAUGCGCCGCAGGCAUUGAAGCGCUUGGCCGAGGACUGCAUUAAGUAUACGCCCAAGGAUCGACCGCUCUUUAGGCCGCUGCUCAAUAUGCUGGAGAAUAUGCUGCGCACUUUGCCCAAAAUUCAUCGCAGUGCCAGUGAACCGAACUUGACGCAAUCGCAGCUCCAGAACGAUGAGUUUCUGUAUCUGCCCAGCCCGAAAACGCCAGUGAACUUUAACAACUUUCAGUUCUUUGGCAGCGCUGGAAAUAUUUAGACAGCGACCUGUACCUGUACUUAUAUCCUGCGUGAUCAACGUGAUCCUAUUUCUAUAUAUUUUUGCUUUCGUUGUCCCUCUGUACAUAAGCGAUUCGCGAAUGGGACGGCUUUGGUUGCCCACCAAAGUGAAAGAGAGAGAGAGAGAGGAAGAGAGAGAGAGAUGGGUUGCCUGCCGACCCGGAAGCGAAACUUGCUUCUUUCCUUGGAACUGACAAAGUGCAUUUCUGUUACCACAAAACGACUACAAACUGUAAACUAAACUGCAACGCCCAUGUGUACAUAACUGCAUCAUAACUUAUAUACGUUAGGCAAAACUACUGAAACUAAACUAAACUAAACUAGCUGAUCGCAAUUACAUUAUACACAUUAUACUUAUACUACAAAA